GCAGAGGAUGGCAAAGGAGAGUAAGAAAGUUCUGGCCGUGUUUGACUUCGACCACACUAUCAUCGAUGACAACAGCGACACCUGGGUCCUCAAGCUCGCGCCAAACGGACAGGCACCUGAUUGGCUCCGACAGACCUACCGCAACGGGUACUGGACGGAUUACAUGGAAAACGUCUUCAAGUAUCUCCACGACAACGGGACCAUGCCCGACGAAAUCCUGGACACCAUGGGAAAAAUCCCUUACACAGACAAGAUGCAGAAUGUCUUGAAGUUUAUCAGUAGUAACAGCACCAAGUUCGACUGUAUCGUGAUCUCGGACUCGAACACGGUGUUCAUAGAGACCAUCCUGAAAGCAGGUGGAGUGAAGCAGGCUGUGAGUAGCACGUUCACGAACCCGGCACACUUCGACAAGUCGAACUGCCUUCACGUCAAACCGUUCCACAAGCACCCCUGCAAGUCCUGCCCCGUCAACAUGUGCAAGAAGACAAUCCUGUUAGAGUACAUAGGAACCCAAGCACAGGACGGUGUUGUGUACGACAAGGUUGUGUAUGUUGGGGAUGGGGGGAACGAUCUGUGCCCGUGUAAGGAGCUAUCAGCAUCGGAUAUUGUCAUGCCCAGAAGGGGUUACAGACUGAUAAAGAAGAUAGAGAAGUUGUCAAAAUCAUCACUUAGAGCCAAAGUUGUACCUUGGGAAAGUGGGUCAGAAGUGUUAGCUGUUCUUAAGGGUUGUAUAUAGAUUUCCUCUUCUUUUCUAAUCUAACUUAGCCUUGGACUUAAGAGUUUUCUUUUACACAACCAGUUUAUGUCACCUGUUGACGUUUUGUAAG